AUUAGUUUUCGAAAUUUUUUACCAGACUGAUGAAUAUUGAAUCGUGAAUUGAGAACUGGAGAUUGUAGUUUUGUGUAACUUUUCACUUUAAGUAUGGAAAAAGAAGGUAGCAAACAGGAAAAUAAUCCUCGAAUACCAUCAGCAGUCUUUGUGGAUGAUGUAGAUAAGUUUAUGGAAAAAACAGAAAAUAGCAGUGUUGAAGAUGUACUUAAAAGAUUGGAUGAGCAACAUAGCAAAUAUAAAUUUUUUGAAUAUAAUUUAAUUACUAAGAGAAAAAGAUUGCAAUCACAAUUACCAGAUUUAGAAAAUACCCUGGAGAUGAUUCAAACAAUGAAAGCUCAUAAAGGACAACAGUUGAAGACAGACUUUUUAUUAUCUGAUGAUGUUUAUGCUAAAGCUCAUAUACAAGGAACUGAUAAUGUGUAUCUUUGGCUUGGUGCUAAUGUCAUGUUGGAAUAUAAUCUAGAUGAUGCCACUGAACUUAUUUCAAGAAAUAUACAAUUGGCCACAGAUAAUAUGGGACAAGUUGAUGAUGAUCUUGACUUUCUAAGGGAUCAGUUCACUACAACCGAAGUUAAUAUGGCCAGGGUUUACAACUGGGACGUAAAACGACGACAAGCAGCCAAAGCUAAACAAUAAAGAUUUUAUCUAUCCAUAUGAAACACUAAUAAAUGCUUCUUUUUUUUCAUAAAACUAAUUUAACCAUUAAAUAAUUAUUAAACAAAUUAUUAUUUUUAAAAAUUAAUCAGUUUAUUAACAUUUCUAAAAUUAUUAGCCAAAUUUAUGAUUACAAUUAUUUUAUGUUCAUAGUUCUUUCAUACUUAUAUUUAAUUAUAGCUAAUAAAAUAACAUAAAAUUGGUAUUAUUUUAUACCUUCAAAAUAAUAAAGAAAACCUUUAACAUAAUUGAGUAUAUACAACAAAUUUGUAAUUUAUUGAACUGAAAUAUUAUUUAUGGACAUAUAAAAAAAUAUAAUAAUAAUAAAAAUACUCAAAAAAAA